GGAGCCAUCUCCUCCUCGCCUCGCCUUUCUCAAGGUCUGACAGGUUUCAGGGAAGCGUCCAGCCGCAAAUCACCAUGUCCUCAAUCCGCACUGGAUUAUCCGCCUUGUCCCUCUCGUCCCUGCCGGUGGCCGGCUCCCGGCGGGCCACCAGCGUGUACUCCGGUUCCGUGGGUAAAAAUGUGCAGAUGUCGUCCUACGGCUCCGGUGGUCUCGCCUCCGGCCUGGACCUGGCAUGGUCGCUCGGCGGGGGGGUACUGGAUGGCAGCAACUUCAGCGUCACCGGCAGCGAGAAAAUCACCCUGCAGAACCUGAACGACCGUCUGGCCGCUUACCUGGACAAGGUGCGCUCCCUGGAGAGCGCCAACGCCAAGCUGGAGCGCCAAAUCCGCGAGUGGUACGAUAAACAGACCCCCACGGUGAGAGAUUACAGCAAGUACGAGGCCAUCAUUGCCGAUCUGCGCAAGAAGAUUAGCCUUGCUGCCCAGGACAAUGCCAGGUUGAUGCUGCAGAUUGACAACGCCAGACUGGCAGGGGAGGACUUCAGAAUCAAGUAUGAGAACGAGUUGGCCGUGCGCAUGUCAGUGGAGGCGGACAUCUCAGGACUGCGCAAAGUCGUGGAUGACCUGACUGUUGCUCGCACUGACCUGGAGAUGCAAGUGGAGGGUCUGAAGGAAGAGCUGGUCUACCUGAAGAAGAACCACGCUGAGGAGCUUGCAGCAUUGCGAAGUCAAGUCAACUCCAGCUCUGUAAAUGUGGAAGUGGAUGCCAGACCCCAGGAGGACAUGUCCAGGACCCUUGAUGAAAUCAGAAGACAGUAUGAAGCCAUCACUGAGAAGAACCGCCGUGAUAUGGAUAACUGGUACAAGGCCAAGUUUGACGAGCUGAACAAGCAGGUUGCAAACAGCACACAGAUCCUCCAGACCUCCCGCACUGAAAUUAGUGAGCUUCAGAGGACUUUGCAGGCCCUGCAGAUUGAACUGCAGUCUCAGCUUAGCCUGAAAUCUGCUGUGGAGAGUCAGCUGACAGAGACAGAGUCCCGCUACAGCUUGCAGCUGAGCCAGCUCCAAGCCAUCGUCAACAACCUGGAGUCUGAGCUCAGCCAGAUGAGGGUGGAGAUUGAGAGGCAGGCGGCAGACUACCAGAUGUUGCUGGACAUCAAGACCAGGCUGGAGAUGGAGAUCGCCGAGUACAGAAGAUUGUUGGACGGAGAGGAUGUAAAGACCAUUCAAAUCGUCAAAGAAGUGAAAACGCAACCAGUCAUCACCCAGAGAAAGAGAGUGGUGAUUGAGGAGAUUAUUGAUGGAAAAGUGGUAUCUCGCACAGAAGAUGUGGAUUCACAGGUCAUCUCAAAGUAGACGGGAGUCCAACAGAUCUGGUCCAAUAAUAAGUUAACGACUGUAUGGUAAUUAUUGUAGCUGUCUCGUGCUAAUAUGAAGCUGAUUGAUAUAAACGCCACAUUUUAAAUGCUAAACUUCACCAAUUGGGGUCUCAAAUUUGUGACUUUAUUAAGUGCCAAUAAAGAUAAAGACUACUGGG